AUGAGCUCGGGGGCGGCCGACCGCGAGCUGGUCGAGCCGACGACCAGCUUUGAGGUGCCGGCGGCGGAAGACUAUGUUCGUCUCAAUGUCGGUGGGGCCCUAUAUCAAACCUCGAUGCAGACGCUCAACAAGAGGGACACCAUGUUGAAGACCAUGUUUUCCGGUCGAAUUCCGAUUCGCCGUGACACUGAAGGCUGGGUGUUAAUCGAUCGGUCUGGGCGGCACUUCGGGUUGAUCUUGGAUUUCCUCCGUGACGGGACCAUUCCACUUCCAAACUGUCGGUAUGAAGUGGAACAAAUUAUGAAUGAAGCUGCGUAUUAUUUGGUUCAGGAUCUUGUCCAACACUGUUCAAAUUGGAUUGCUGCCCGGCGAGGAUCCAGCACGAAACUUCCAACUCUUUGCUACAUUCCCUCGAUAAGCACCAAGGAAGAAGCGGAAACUAUUGUGAAUCAUACUACAAAGCCCGUCAUCAAAUUCAUGAUCAACCGCCACAACAAUAAAUAUUCCUACACCGUUCAAUCGGACGAUAAUAUUCUCCGAAAUCUUGAGCUUUUCGAUCGCCUCUGCAUCAAAUUCCACGAUAGGAUUGUUUUUGUGAAAGAUCUCGGCUCCGAAAGCGCGGAAGUUUGCCAGUGGAAAUUCUACGGAAAAGGGGUCCUAAGGGCCGAAGUAUCGUGCACAAGCAUUGUGUACGCUACGGAUAAGAAGCAGACAAAGGUGGAAUUCCCGGACUCAAAAAUCUACGACGAGGCUAUGUGCAUCUUGCGCUAUGAAGAUCCGUCACUCUGCGGGCGUUGUGGAGGGGAUUGCAUGCCAUCCCAUUCACAUAUUAGUCACCCUAUCAAGAAGCCAUACAUUUUGGUUGCUCAACCGACCCAUUCUAAUCAAACCCCCGGCAUUCCA